CAGCCAAAGACCUUCCCUAAAAACACCUUUUUUCCAUCCCAUCCCAUCCCUUGCCUCCUUUCCUCCUUUUCUGUUCCCGCAUCUAUCUAUGUCUCCGGCAACCCUAUCGUUCUCUCCCCCCACUCACACGUAAACCUACCGCCAUCACCCCUCCAAUCACCCGAGGCCGCCACCAUCCCGUAAACCGUAAUCAAGACAUAGUGCUGGAAGGAAGGCUGCGACUCGGUCGGCGAGGAAGGCCACCAUCGCAAUAUUCUCUAACCGCAAGAACGGGUUAUGCCUUUUCCACAACCCUCACAAGACACUGAGAGCCAGUACGUUUCCUCUUCAGCAGUUCCGUCCAUUACGCGCUCCGUCGCCACUGCUGUGGAGAAGCAUGGUAGCCAAUUUGAGCGGGAGCCAGAUGCUUCACUCUCGAUCUCCGCUUCCGCUUCUCAGCCAAAUAAUGGAAAUAUGCGCUCCGGUAAUGCGUUAGUGCUAUUCACACCGCCAAUCAUUCUGCAGAAGGGUAUUUUCAGUGGCAAACAGAUGCGAUUCGCACUUACUGUUGAACAAGAGCCUGUUUUGGGUAGACGGAAGACCGAAAAAGACAGAAGACCGCUGGGGCCUGCGCCCAUUGUACGGCUUCGAGCUGUGGAGUGCCGGUCAGCAGACGAUGAUGCCGGUGUAAUCGAGGAAGAGGUCGAUGCAGGGACUCUUGACGCUGUUAACAUUGUUUGCGCUGCCGAUUUGUGUGCGCCUAUGGUAUCUCAGUAUUCGGCUAUCGAAGAAACAAGUGGAGUUAAAUUGCUUCGCGGAUCAGAGCAUCAGCCACAUGGAGAAAAUGAUACAUCUUCAGCUAAUUUUCCGGGGGCUACAAGUAGCGAGCAAGCUAGUUCAGGCCCAUCGACGCAGGCGCAGAAGGCGAGAGAUCAAGCUGCUACUUCGGAGGUUGAUCCAGCAUCGCUUGGAGACCGUUCACUAGCUGAAGAUGUUGUGCGUGGAGAAAAAGCUGCCAAAGAGUGGAAACGGCCGAAGUCAUCAGGCGAAAUGUCGUCUGGCUCAGCAACAGAGACUGGAAGCGCUCAUCGAGGCGGAGCUGGGCGUGGAGCAGCAGUACCGGAAAGAAAUUUGUAUGGCAAUUUACAUGUCGGAGGAGUUAAAGUGCCCGAUCUAGAAGGAAAGAUGGGGGUGUGGUUCUUAUUUACGGAUCUCUGUGUAAGGCAAGAAGGAAGUUAUUCUUUGCGGUUCAGAUGUUACGAUAUAACGGCGGUGGAAGAAGAAGGAUUGCCGGUGGCCCAACUGGUAGAAUGUAGAAGCCAACCGUUCCGCAUCUACUCGCCUCGACAGAUCCCCAUGUUACCAAAGCUUACAGAAUUAGCAGAACAUUUUGCCAGACUAGGGUUCAAGUUGAAUACGCGGAAGAAUGAUAGAACGGCGCAAUCCCCUCCGCCGCCACCGCCAUCAACAGCACCUCUUUCUGCCGAGGCAGCAGUAUCAGCUACGGGCUCCCGCCCUCAACCUUGUCCCAUUCAGCCUCUCGAUCCAUCCUCCCACAUGUCUUCAUCCUCAUCAACGUCAAAUUCCGAAAAAGCUAUGAAAAGCACAAGCACCGGUCAGAGUACAUCGUUUCUGACCGAUAAUACCUCGAAAACAUCAAACAGCUUGGGGGGAUCUGGUGUAUCUGGUGCUAAGGGAGCUUCGACAGGCGACGGGGCAGUCUUUGCAGCUGACAUCGGCGAGCAACGAGGAAAAUAGUCGAACAGGGGCAGGAGAUUGAGAAGUAAGGGUAGAUCUGGGCAAGAAUGCGAAGUCAGAAGUAACAACAUCGCCUUGCACAACUCCACAUAUCGCAGAUAUCCUGUAUUACAAAUAUAACAGAUGCUUAUUCUUGAU